GCCCGCCCGGCGGCCCGCGCAGUCCGCACUCGCCGCGGCGCCUCGGAGUUUGAGCCCCGCGCGGCCGGAGCGCAGGCACGCCCGGGGCGCGGGGUCGGAGCGCGCAGCGCGGCGCCGCCCCCCGGCCCUCGGCCCCCCAGCCCGGGCGCCCCCGGAGCGGCGCGCGGAGGGAGGAGGGCGGGCGGGGCCGGCGGGCGGCGGACUAUGAGGCGCCCACCAUGGUGCGAUGCGACCGCGGGCUGCAGAUGCUGCUGACCACGGCCGGAGCCUUCGCCGCCUUCUCACUCAUGGCCAUCGCCAUCGGCACCGACUACUGGCUCUACUCCAGCGCGCACAUCUGCAACGGCACCAACCUGACCAUGGACGACGGGCCCCCGCCCCGCCGCGCCCGCGGCGACCUCACCCACUCGGGACUGUGGCGGGUGUGUUGCAUCGAAGGGAUCUACAAAGGGCACUGCUUCCGGAUCAAUCACUUCCCCGAGGACAAUGACUAUGACCACGACAGCUCGGAGUACCUCCUUCGCAUCGUUCGCGCCUCCAGCGUGUUCCCCAUCCUCAGCACCAUCCUGCUCCUGCUCGGGGGGCUCUGCAUCGGCGCCGGGAGGAUCUACAGCCGCAGGAACAGCAUCGUGCUCAGCGCCGGCGUCCUCUUUGUGGCCGCAGGCCUCAGUAACAUCAUAGGCAUCAUCGUCUACAUUUCCAGCAACACAGGCGACCCUGGUGACAAACGAGACGAGGACAAGAAGAACCAUUACAACUACGGCUGGUCCUUCUACUUCGGAGCGCUGUCCUUCAUUGUGGCAGAAACCGUGGGCGUCCUGGCUGUGAACAUUUACAUUGAGAAAAACAAAGAGUUGAGGUUUAAGACCAGACGGGAAUUCCUGAAGGCUUCUUCCUCUUCUCCUUACACCAGGAUGCCGAGCUACAGGUACCGGCGACGGCGAUCCAGGUCCAGCUCCAGGUCCACAGAGGCCUCGCCCUCCAGGGACGCGUCCCCCAUGGGCCUGAAGAUCGCCGGGGCCAUCCCCAUGGGCGAGCUGUCCAUGUACACACUGUCCAGGGAGCCCCUCAAGGUGACCACAGCUGCCAGCUACAGCCCCGACCAGGAGGCUGGCUUUCUGCAGGUGCAAGACUUCUUCCAGCAGGACCUGAAGGAGGGCUUCCACGUCAGCAUGCUGAGCCGGCGGACCACCCCCGUGUGAGCUGUCCACCCCUCCUCUCCUCUCAGCACCGGCCUCUCCCCGGAUCAGCUGCUUGUGUCACACAGGAGGGCACGGGAUGCUUCAGAUGGAUGGACGGACAAUGAGCUGAAGCCACACGCAACCCUCCCUGGUCUCCGGAAGGUGUCGGGGGCUGGCGUCCAGCAGGGGAAGCCAGGAGACCAGCGUCAGGGCUGGGUCAGAAGCUGAAGGUGGACUUUGUCCCAGAACGGGUGUUUGGCUGCCCCCAGGGUUCCUGAAAUCUCCCAGGAGGCCCAAGAGCCUUCCUGAGCUGCACGGGAAAAUACAAUUGAGCCAUUAUCUCCUCUUGGAAACAAAUCUUGCCAGAAGAAUGGAAUUUUAGGUCCUUCCUCCCUGCCUGGGCCCUGGGUCCUGGGCUGCCACAGCCUUCUCGGGCACCAUGGGGCCUCUGGACUCUCGUCAGUGGCUUUUGAACCAGAAGUCCUUGUGUCUUUGAACCAGAAACCAGGAUGACGAAGCUCCCUCCCUCCCUAUCUGUCUCUCCCUCUCUCUGUCUCUCUCUGGCACUCUGUUGUUGAAAAACAGUCAUUCUGAAGAGCAAGCUCUACAGCCAACUGGUGCUUCAGCCUCAUGCUGUCCUGGGGCCGAUUUCCCUCCUCCUGAGGAGACCAAGGCUUGGGGAGGAGGCCUGAGGCAAAGGCCGGGCCUCUUGAUGACCUCCCUGCCUGCUUCUGGAAGUUUCUGCCUUGCUCAGAAUGGGCGGGACACACUGACUGAACUUGAGGGUCUGGAGGAAUCCACAGGUCAUAGUGGCCUCCUGCUUGACCCUCCCCACUAGCAGGAGGAGCAGCUCUGUCCUCUGAGCAGCAGAGGGUCCCUGGGGGAAGGUUCGGCACAGACCCUCACCCCCCCUACCCCUGCAACUGGCAUUUGGCAACAGAAACCUGAACAUCUGUGUAAGAAAGAGAGCCCAGAGGGUGAAUAGCAACCAAAAAAUAAAAAUAAAUACGUAAACCAGAGAACAAGCAUCCAUUUCCUAACUGGUUGCCAAUCACAAUCUGCUGAAUCAGAACCAGGAGAGCAAGUUACAUUCAUUUCCUCAUCUUUAAAAGUAGCAGUGACACGACCCCCAACUCUUGGUAUUGUAAUUUAUUCUGCCACCACUGGAAAGGACCCGGUGCAGGAAGUUUGACUGAAGGCAGACCGAGCUGGGCCUGUCCUCCUCCCUUGGAGAGAGAGAGCUCAGCCCUGUGUCUGAGGAAGAGGGUUCUGUGACUCGCAGUGUUUCCGGCCAUUGCUCCCCCAUCCUGAAGCAAGCCAAGAAGGUGGGAGGUUCGAAGAACACUCUGGAACGUGGAACUUACCCCCUUUUCUAUAAAACACGUGCUUUCUAAGGGUAAAUCGUUUCUUACUUUUUGAAACUUCUUUUUGAACAGUCACCUGUGAUCCCGGUAGCUGUUGCUCUCAGAAGUGACGAGCAAAUUCUUACCUCAGCCACCUGCUCACGGAACCCCUGGGCAACCCCCAGCCCUUGACCCGGGUCCAUCGGGCCUGGUGACGACCUGCGUCCUUCCCUGCCGCCCUCGGCCCCCAGGAGAGGACAUCACAUGCCGCAGCUCUUGUGUGCCGGUGAGCUGAGGCCCGCCAAGGCCCCCUGUGCUUGCUCCAAACCCUUUCCUCCCGGCCAGGUUGGCUCUGUACGGUGACGGUGACGUGUCCAAGCAUGCACAGCAGUGAGCACCAGUGUCAGGGGCCACCCCGGCCCUGCCUCCCUCCCCCCACCCAGCCCGCACCUUCCUCCACCUCUUCACCGCCACGCCACCGUCUCGCCAGGCUGAAGGAAGCCCUGUCUCCCAGCAAGACCCCAGGACCUGUCUUCUGUCUCCUCCAAAAGCAAGGUCGCCUUGCUGUUGCUUCCACACGAGCCACCACCCCAACCGCUGCCCCAGAAGUGUCCGUGAUGCCACAGAGCUCUGUGCCCCGCUGAAUCCUACCUCUUGCCCAGCCCCAGGCAGAGAACACAGGGCCCACACUGGGGACCACGGAAGAGCAGAAAGAAGGGGAGGGAGCAACCAGGAGGGACGCAGGGCAGGGAGCAGAGCGCCCCUAGAUGCUCCGGCCGUCACACCUCUCCACCCACGGCCUCCCUCCACCCAGGACCCCGGUCUCUGGCUGUCCUCCUGCUGCUGCAGCUUGGCCGGGGCAGCCUUGGACCUGUGCGGUCCCUGGGGGACGUGUGGCCCGAGCCCGCCUCACCGCCUCCUCCCGCCCCAGCCCUCCUUCCCACGUGUGUUUUGCCAGUUAAGCACCUGCAGCCCCAUACCCACCACUGGUUUGGGGUUGUUAGUUCUGUCUUUUUUUUAAUUAAAUAAAAACAUUUUUAAAAUGUU